ACGCCUGCGUGAACAAUUUAAGGCAUAUAGGCUUACAUUGUACAUGUGCGCACAGAGAGCGAGUAAUCCAAGAUUGUGAGCUAUUUUCGAAAACAAAAAUCAUCAAUGAAAAAUAGAGGGAGAAAUCCUUUUUGAAAAUAAAGCAACACUGAUCAAGAGACUGACGGUCAUCAUACAAGAUCGGCAUAUUGUUACUGACCAAUCGCCAAUCACAAAAAAGUCAUUUAACAACGAAGCGAUACAAAUCUUGUAAAAUUCCUGAGCUGGCAACAUCUCUACUGAACUACAGAGAGAGAGAAAAAGCUGCUGUUUAGGUUACAUCUAGAUGGAUGUAAAAAUGGAGACGUGUGAGGCCACCAUAAAUACCAGAGAAAUAAUGGCUGUAAGUAUUAAGAAGGAUGAGUGUGAGUGGGAGUCUAUCCACCCUCAACAGGAGAGUCUCUGCAUUGAGGACUGUGAGACAGGGUUAGUGAGCAUUAAAGAAGAGGCUGAAGAGACGUCUGUCAGCAUUGAGACAAACAUUUAUAAAAGUGUGCAGAAUAUCAAGGAAGAGGACCAUCCGUGUGGGGGUGAAGAUGGAGCAGCGAACGGGUUAGUCUCACCUCACAGCAGACCCUGUGCAUCAUCAGAGUCUUCAAUCCUGGUGAAGUCUGAAUCAUCACAGCCUGACACCCAGAUGACUGAAGACCCUUCAUCUGUUAGAAUUGAGGAAGAUCAGGCUGAUGAAAGGGACAAACCUCACUGUUGUUCUGAAUAUGGAAAUCGGUUCUAUCAGAGAAGUGCUCUUCAGCGCUACAAAAGAAUUUACACUAGAGAGAAGCAAUAUUGCUGUUUGGAAUGUGGCAAAGAGUUUUCAAGAAGUAGCCACCUUCAGAUCCACAAAAGAAUCCACACUGGAGAGAAGCCAUAUUCCUGUACAGAGUGUGGCAAACAAUUCCGUCUCACUAGUCACCUUAUGAUCCACAAAAGAAUUCACACAGGAGAGAAGCCUUAUUGCUGUACAGAGUGUGGCAAACACUUCAGAGUCAGUAGUCAGCUUGUGAAACACAAACGAAUUCACACAGGAGAGAAGCCAUACUCCUGUACAGAGUGUGACAAACAAUUCCGUCACAGGAGUGGUCUUUGGAGCCACAAAAGAAUUCACACUGGAGACAAGCCUUUUUGCUGUUUGGAAUGUGGCAAAAAGUUUUCAUCAAGAAGCCUUUUUCAAACGCACAAAAGAAUUCACACAGGAGAGAAGCCGUAUUCCUGUACAGAGUGUGGCAAACAAUUCCAUGGCAAUGAUCAUCUUCUGGGCCACAAAAGAAUUCACGCAGGAGACAAGCCAUAUUGCUGUUUGGAAUGUGGCAAACAAUUAGGUUCCAGGAUAUCUCUUCAGAGCCACAAAAGAAUUCACACGGGAGAGAAGCCGUAUUCAUGUACAGAGUGUGGCAAAGAAUUCCGUCACAGGAGUGGUCUUCGGAGCCACAAAAAAAUUCACACUGGAGAGAAACCUUUUUGUUGUUUGGAAUGUGGCAAAAAGCUGUCAUCAAGAAGCCUUCUUCAGAUCCACAAAAGAAUUCAUACAGGAGAGAAACCGUAUUCCUGUACAGAGUGUGGCAAACAAUUCCGUGGCAGGGAUCAUCUUCUGAAACACCAAAUUAUUCACACAGGCGAGAAGUCAUAUUGCUGCACAGAGUGUGGCAAACAAUUCCGUAACAGGAGUCAUCUUCUGAGCCACAAGAGAGUUCACACCGGAGAGAAGCCUUUUUGCUGUUUGGAAUGUGGCAAACAAUUAGGUUCCAGGAUAUCUCUUGAGAGCCACGAAAGAAUUCACACAGGAGAGAAGCCAUAUUGCUGUACAGAGUGUGGCAAAGAAUUCCGUCACAAGAGUGGUCUUCGGAGCCACCAAAGAAUUCACACUGGAGAGAAGCCUUUUUCCUGUUUGGAAUGUGGCAAACAAUUAGGUUCCAGAAGAUCUCUUCAGAGCCACAAAAGAAUUCACACAGGAGAGAAGCCAUAUUGUUGCACAGAGUGUGGCAAACACUUCCGUGACAAGGGUAGUUUUCAGAUCCACACUAGAAUCCAUGCUGGAGAAAACCUGUUCUGCUCUGCCAUAAAUACCAGAGAAAAAAUGGCUGUAAGUAUUAAGAAGGAGGAGUGUGAGUGGGAGUCCAUCCACCCUCAACAAGAGAGUCUCUGCAUUAAGCAGGAGGAGGAGGAGGACUGUGAGACAGGGUUAGGGAGCAUUAAAGAAGAGGCUGAAGAGACGUCUGUCAGCAUUGAGACAAACAUUUGUAAAAGUGUGCAGAAUGUCAAGGAAGAGGACCAUCAGUGUGGGGGUGAAGAUGGAGCAGAGACCGGGUUAGUCUCACCUCACAGCAGACCCUGUGCAUCAUCAGAGCCUUCUGUCCUUGUGAAGUCUGAAUCAUCACAGCCUGACACAAAGAGGACUGAAGACCCUUCAUCCGUUAGAAUUCAGAAAGAUCAGCGGCCACCUACAAAUCAGGCUAAAAAAAGAAACAAACCUCACUGUUGUUCUGAAUGUGACAAACAGUUUUGUCGUAGGAGUGAUCUACAGAGACACCUUAGAAUUCACACCGGAGAGAAGCCAUUUUCCUGUUUGGAAUGUGGCAAAGAGUUUUCAAGAAGAAGCGUUCUUCAGAUCCACAAAAGAAUCCACACAGGAGAGAAGCCGUAUUGCUGUACAGAGUGUGGCAAACAAUUCCGUGUCAGUAGUCAGCUUCUGAACCACCAAAGAAUUCACACAGGAGAGAAGCCGUAUUGCUGUUUGGACUGUGGUAAAGAGUUUUCAAGAAGAAGCCUUCUUCAGAUCCAUGAAAGAAUCCACACUGGAGAGAAACCAUAUUGCUGUAUGGAAUGUGGCAAAGAGUUUUCAAGAACAAGCCUUCUUCAGACCCACAAAAGAAUUCACACUGGAGAGAAGCCGUACUGUUGUUUGGAAUGUGGCAAACGAUUUUCACAAAAGAGCACUCUUACAAGACACAAAACAAUCCACACAGAAGAGAAGCCAUAUUGCUGCUCUGAGUGUGGCAAGCAGUUUUUACAAAGGAGUAAUCUUCAUAGCCACCAAACAAUUCACACCGGAGAAAAACCAUAUUGCUGUUUGGAAUGUGGCAAAGAGUUUUCAAGGAGAAGCGUUCUUCAGAUCCACCAAAGGAUCCACACUGGGGAGAAGCCAUACUGCUGUACAGUUUGCGGCAAACAAUUCCGUGUCAGUAGUCAGCUUCUGAGCCACAAAAGAAUUCACACAGGAGAGAAGCCGUAUUGCUGUACAGAGUGUGGCAAAAAAUUCAGUAGCAGGAGUCAUCUUCUGAGCCACAAAAGAAUUCACACAGGAGAGAAGCCAUAUUGCUGUUUGCACUGUGGCAAAGGAUUUUCCAGAAGAAGCCUUCUUCAACGCCACAAAAGAAUCCACAGUGGAGAGGACCCUUACAUCUCUUUGGAAUGUGACAAAUUGAAUAUAAAAAAGGAGACGUGUGAGGCUGCCAUAAAUACCAGAGAAAAAAUGGCUGUAAGUAUUAAGAAGGAGGAGUGUGAGUGGGAGUCCAUCUGCCCUCAACAGGAGAGUCUCCACAUUAAGGAGGAGGAGGACUGUGAGACAGGGUUAGUGAGCAUUAAAGAAGAGGCUGAAGAGACGUCUGUCAGCAUUGAGACAAACAUUUAUAAAAGUGUGCAGAAUGUCAAGGAAGAGGACCAUCAGUGUGGGGGUGAAGAUGGGGCAGUGACCGGGUUAGUCUCACCUCACAGCAGACCCUGUGCAUCAUCAGAGCCUUCAAUCCUGGUGAAGUCUGAAUCAUCACAGCCUGACACAAAGAGGACUGAAGACCCUUCAUCUGUUAGAAUUGAGGAAGAUGAGCCGCCACCUACAAAUCAGGCUGAAAAGAGAGACAAACCUCACUGUUGUUCUGAAUGUGGCAAGCAAUUCAGGCGCAGUUAUGAUCUACAGAGACACGUCAGAAUUCACACCGGAGAGAAGCCGUUUUCCUGUUUGGAAUGUGGCAAAGAGUUUUCAAGGAAAAGUCUUUUUCAGACACACAAAAGGAUCCACACUGGAGAGAAGCCGUAUUGCUGUACAGACUGUGGCAAACAAUUCCGUAGCAGUAGUCUCCUUCUGCGCCACAAAAGAAUUAACACGGGCGAGAAGCCGUAUUGCUGUUUGGAUUGUGGGAAAGAGUUUUCAAAAAGAAGCUGCCUUCAGAUUCACAAAAGAAUCCACACUGGAGAGAAGCUGUAUUGCUGUUUGGAAUGUGGCAAAGAGUUUUCAGGAACAAGUGUUCUUCAGAUCCACCAAAGAAUUCACACUGGGGAGAAGCCGUAUCGCUGUACAGAGUGUGGUAAACAAUUCAGUUGCAUGAGUCAUAUUCGGAGCCACCAAAGAAUUCACACCGGAGAAAAGCCAUAUUGCUGUCUGGAAUGUGGCAAGCAGUUUUCACAAAACAGUACCCUUAAAAAGCACAAAAAAAUCCACACAGGAGAGAAGCCCUAUUGCUGUUCUGAGUGUGGCAAACAGUUUUUAGAAAAGAGUAGACUGAUUAGCCACCAGAGAAUUCACACUGGAGAGAAGCCAUUUUGCUGCUUGGAAUGUGGUAAGCAGUUUUCACAACACAGCACCCUUACAAGGCACAGAAUAAUCCAUUCAGGAAAGAAGCCAUAUUGCUGUUCUGAGUGUGGCAAGCGGUUUUUAGAAAGGAGUAGACUUCUUAGGCACCAAAGAACUCACACCGGAGAGAAGUCCUAUUGCUGUAGAGAGUGUGGUACACAAUUCUGUGACAGGAGUAGUCUUCAUACCCACAAAAGAGUUCACACAGGUGAGAAGCCUUAUAUCUCUUUACUCCAUUGACAAGAUCAUUUGUCACAUUCCAGUCUUCAGAGCCACAAAAGAAUCGACAUUGGAAAGAAGCCAUAUUGCUGUAUAAUGAGGGAAUGAUUUUGUCACAGGAGAGGUCUUCAGUGCCACAGUCAAAUUCAUACCUAAGUUAAGCCACAUUGCUUUUUUGAACUGUGGCAAAUAAUUUUGUCACUGUCGUAACCUCCAACAUCUACAAAACUGUUUCUACUGGAGAGAUCUUGAAACACACAAAAUGAAAUGCACUGGCCUGAGAAGCCAUGCUUAGAUCAGCCUAUGACUAAAAGAGCACUGGUCCAGACACCAUCUAAAUCUUCUGUCUUAAAGUACAGCACUGCAGCGGGAUAUGACUGAAUGUAUAAAUGUGUUACAAUCGAUGCAGCACCUACAGAUGACACCAAAACGGCUCACUACAGGAACAACUCUCUGACUAUUCAAAUCAGAUCAAUGCAAAGAACUCAAAACACAUCACCUCAUAAUCUGACUCUCUGCCAUGUUUAAACUCUUUACUGCAGUGCUUGUUAAACUAUGGGUCACAACCCAAAUUGGGGCAUGAACACAUUUUUUGUGGGCUGCUGGGUAGUCGUUAGUCUAAGCACAAAUUAUAUACAACCCUCUAUUUAGUGUGCACAAAAAACACACUGUUAAAUCAUCACAGAAAACUUUCAUUUCUAUGGCACAAAAAAAAAAGAAGAGCUCCCCAUGAUGCCAACCUCCCUGUCACAACCAAUGAAACAAUCAAACUGAGAUGACUGGCAAGCAAAGAUACAGUGCAUCCAGAAAGUAUUCACAGCGCAACACUUUUUCCACAUUUUGUUUUGUUACAGCCUU